AUGGUUGCGAAAAGCCCGAUCACUUCCAAAUAUUCGUGUCAGUGCCGUGAGAAUGUUGCUGGUGGCCAAGGUGAUGGCAGUUCAUUAAAUCAACUCUCAAGUCCUUUUGGUGUGUAUGUGGAUGAUAACCAAACUAUUUUCAUUACUGACCUGGGGAAUGAUCGUAUAGUGCAAAGGAAUUACGAUGCAGCACUCGGUCAAGUAGUAGCUGAUGGUAACGGACAAGGAAAUCAACGAGUGAUGCGACGGUUUCGUCAGCAUGACAGAAACCAAGAAACAAUCAUCGAUAAUAUCGAUUAUACUCAAUUGGCGAUAGAUAAUCAAAAAAAAUUCUAUGCAUCUAAUUGUGAUAAACAGGAAGUAAGACGAUAUCAAUUGGGAGAUUCAUAA